AAAGUUAUGUGCAGUGUCCCGUAUAAUCAGCACAAUGGCUGCCGUUCGUUUGGGUCGGAUCGCAAUUGGGAACUCGGUCUUUUUCCUUUGCGACAUGCAGGAAAAGUUUAGACCGAUGAUAAGAUACUUUCCCGAAAUAAUCACAGUCGCUCAGCGGAUGGUUCAAGCUGCCAACAUAUUGGAAAUACCGAUCAUUGCAACAGAACAGUACCCAAAAGGUCUUGGUAGUACUGUGAGUGAGAUCGAUGUCAGCACAGCUGCGGUUUUUCCAAAGACGAAGUUUUCCAUGGUGAUUCCUGAAGUCGAAGACUUUCUGACUCGUAUGAAACACAUUCAGUCUGUUGUCCUAUUUGGAAUUGAGUGUCAUGUCUGUGUGCAACAGACUGCAUUAGAUCUUCUCUCUAAGGGGUUAGAUGUUCACGUCGUUGCAGAUGGAGUGUCAUCUCGAAGCUUGACAGACAGAAUGUUUGCUUUGGAUAGGAUGCGACAGUGUGGUGUCUUCAUUAGUACGAGCGAGUCAGUUCUGUUUGAGCUGCUGGGCGACUCGAAGGCUGGCAAGUUUAAGGAAGUUCAAGCUUUGAUUAAGACUUCAGCUCCAGACUCUGGUCUUCUUUCCAAAGUCUAACAAUCUUUUCGUAUGAAAGCGCUAUCAUAGUCUGUAGCAGAAUGAAAAGCUGCAUGGCAUUUGUGGGCAAUAUUUCUGUUGUGUGUCUUAGUGUGCAUUGUUUGAAAGCUACCAAUGAUCUGACUGUGA